GUAACCGAUAUCUGACAUUUCGUCAGACAAGGCCGUCCCGAUCGCUGCGGUCACAGCGGUGGCUGCUGGAUCAGCCGUCGGCGCCGAUGCAGCCCUCGCACCACCUCUGCCAGCUACGACGCUAGGUUCCGGAGCUGCACACGGAGCGACGGACCUCGACUCGGUCGCAGGUGUCUCCACGGACAGUGCCACAUCGAUUGAACCUGCCACAGCUCAGCGUGUUGGCGCGCUUGAUGUUGCGCCCAGAGGAGAGCGAUCAACCUCGAUGGCCAGCGUCACUGCAAUCAGCAGAGGUCACGAAGGUGUCCGUCAUUCGACCACUUCCUCACCUCUAGCCAACGAUGCCAACGUUUCAGGACCUAAUGACAAUUCCUUGGCAACGGGUGCGGCUGAAGGCGCUGGAGUCGCAGGUGCGACGGCACUAGUUGGCAGUCUUGCACUCAAAGACUCUGCUCCCGGCCGUCAUGAAGAUGGAGUCGGGCAUCCUUCGACCCGAGCACCCGAGACGACUAGAGAACCUGGGUCGUAUCCCAAGGCAGACUUGAGCGGCGAAGCGGACCACGAUCACAAGCCAAGCACGAUGACCUCGACCGAGAGCAAGAAUGCCACCAGCACCGCGAGUGCCGCUGGUGGACUUGGCCCCGCGGGAACCGUCGCUCCUGAUUCUGAUCGUGCCCAGACACAGACACCCACUACGACCUCGAACCAAAGUCACACAACUGCUGGACACGAUGGAAAGAGACGAACGUCUAGCGGUGGAUCCAGUAAGAAGAAAGUUGGGUUCAUGAGCAAGCUCAAGGGAGAGAUCAAGGUCAUUUCGGGAAAGUUGGACCACGAUAAGGAGAAGGUUGAGGCGGGAAAGCGAAUGAUCCACGGAGGUGAGUGACGAUGGAAGCGCUCGACAUCGUCCCUCAUGUGCUGACGAGUGGGAUCUCAGAAUGAGCGGCAGGUAGAUAGCCUGAUACACGGUAGAAUAAUGAACUUUGUUU